AUGGACGAGUAUGAGGAGGCGGUUCUAUUCACGUUUGCACUGCUGGAGUCGCGCCUGAGCCGAUUGGAAUACAUUCUGGGCAGCAAGAGGGAGGGCGAGGAGAAAGCCAAGACGGUGCCCGAGCGUAUCCACAAGAUCGAGAGGUCGCUACAGGAGCUGUCGGCCAAGACAGGCCUGCUCAGCGAUGCACAGCAGUUGUUGACCAAGCACAAGGACAUCCUGAAGCCGGAGCACGAGGAGGGAGAUGCACCGCUUGACAUGGAGGAAAAGGCGGUCAUGGUCGUCGAGCGCGCGCCUCAAUUCGCUACCACAGCGUCGCAGUUAAAGACGUUGGACGACCAGCAGAUACCGUCAACCGACGGCUUUACAAAGCUCGCUAAGCUUCUGCCUCGCAUCGCUGAAGCCGAAGAUCGCCACCUGCAACAAGCGCUACAGAUAUCAAUGCUGAGGAAAAAGAAUGGUCUACUGGUACAGCGCGUCAAGCAGGUGCAGUUCCUCGGUUCCGCUCGCUGCUGGACUGAGUGGCAGGGCCGGCUGCAGAACGUCCAGAAGAAUAUUGCCCGCAUUGAGUUCAAGCACAAGCAGGAGGAAGAGGAUGCUAUGUGA